AUGGCUAAUAGGCCCAGGGUCAGCGAGACUCUGAAAGUGGUGGUCCGCUGCCGCCCCAUGAACAGGAAAGAGGAAGCAACCGGCUACGAGAGGAUCCUGGACAUGGAUGUGAAGCUGGGCCAGGUGACUAUCCGGAACCCCAAGGCCUCUCCAGGGGAACUGGCCAAAACGUUCACCUUUGAUGCUGUGUACGAUGCCACCUCCAAGCAGGCAGACCUGUAUGAUGAAACGGUCCGGCCCUUGAUAGAUUCAGUUCUGCAAGGAUUCAAUGGCACCAUCUUUGCCUACGGUCAAACCGGUACCGGGAAGACCUACACUAUGCAAGGGGUCUGGGCUGACCCUGAGAAGAGAGGUGUCAUCCCCAUCUCCUUUGAGCACAUCUUCACCCAUAUCUCCCGUUCGCAGAACCAGCAAUAUUUGGUCAGGGCUUCCUAUUUGGAGAUCUAUCAAGAAGAGAUCCGCGAUCUCCUGGCAAAAGACCAGAGUAAGAAAAUGGAGCUGAAAGAGAACCCAGAAACGGGUGUUUACAUCAAGGACCUUUCGUCCUUUGUGACAAAGAAUGUCAAAGAAAUUGAACAUGUCAUGAAUUUGGGGAACCAAACUCGAUCGGUGGGCAGCACGAACAUGAACGAGCACAGCUCCCGCUCACACGCCAUCUUUGUCAUCACGGUGGAGUGCAGUGAGACUGGCCCAGAUGGAGAGGAUCACAUCCGGGUAGGAAAGCUCAACCUGGUGGAUUUGGCUGGGAGUGAAAGGCAGAGCAAGAUGGGUGCCCCAGGGGAACGACCCAAAGAAGCCUCCAAGAUCAACCUCUCCCUCUCUGCUCUGGGGAAUGUGAUUUCAGCCCUGGUGGAUGGCAAAAGCACCCAUAUCCCAUAUCGGGAUUCCAAGCUCACCCGCCUUCUGCAGGACUCUUUGGGUGGCAAUGCUAAGACCAUCAUGGUAGCCACGCUGGGCCCAGCUUCCCACAGCUAUGAUGAGAGCUUAUCAACCCUCCGAUUUGCUAAUAGGGCCAAAAAUAUCAAGAACAAGCCACGAAUCAAUGAGGAUCCUAAAGAUACACUAUUGCGGGAGUUCCAGGAAGAGAUCAUCCGCCUGAAGGCCCAGUUGGAGAAACGGGGGAUGCUGAGCAAGAAGAGGAGGAGGAGUAGCCGGAGAAAGAAAACCAUAGAUGGGGAGGGGACCCCUGAAAGUGAAGAAGCAGAGGACAAUGAGGAUGGAGGGCUGGAAAAAAAUAUGAAAAAUUACCUGAUGGAGCAAAAAGAGAGGUUGGAGGAGGAGAAGGCAGCCAUCCAGGAUGACCACAGCCUGGUGAAUGAGGAGAAGCAAAAGCUACUGGAAGAGAAAGAGAAGAUGAUUGAGGAACUCAGGAGGGAGCAAGAGGCCACUGAACUUCUAGCAACCAAAUACAAGGCGAUGGAGAGCAAAUUGCUGAUUGGCGGGAGGAACAUCAUGGACCACACAAACGAGCAGCAAAAGAUGCUUGAGCUGAAGAGACAGGAAAUUGCAGAGCAGAAGCGGCGUGAACGGGAAAUGCAACAGGAAGUACUUUUGCGGGAUGAGGAAACCAUGGAGCUCCGGGAGACAUUCACUUCUUUACAGCAGGAAGUAGAAAUCAAAACCAAGAAGCUCAAAAAG